CGUCCUCUCUCUCUCUCUCUCUGCAGACUAUGGAUCAACGGGUCGGGUUGUUCGUUCUUCUGGCAGUAGGCCUCCUCUGCCUCACUUUAGCCCCUGUGUCUCGGGCUGAGGACCUGGUUGAGGACAGUUUGGGUGACGAUAUGGACGUGGAGGACGAGCUGGAUCUGGGUAUGGCCGGUGACGAGGAUGAGGAACUGGAGGGAGACAUGCAGGACGAGGCUCCUUCUGCUCCUAAAACUCCUCCUGUACCAAAAGUGACCUACAAAGCACCAGAGCCAGUCGGGGAACAUUACAUCGCUGAAUCUUUUGACCGGGGGACUCUUGACGGGUGGGUCGUGUCCAGUGCAAAGAAGGAGGGUGCCGAUGAAGACAUCGCAAAAUAUGAUGGUAAAUGGUCGGUGGAGGAGAUGAAGGACAGUAAGCUGCCUGGUGAUAAAGGUCUGGUCCUGAAGUCCCGAGCCAAACAUCACGCCAUCUCCGCUCAGCUCCUGAGACCUUUUCCCUUUGACUCUAAGCCGCUCAUUAUCCAGUACGAGGUGAACUUCCAGUCAGGUAUCGACUGCGGCGGCGCCUACGUGAAGCUGCUGACUCAGACUCCUGAACUUGACCUGGACCAGUUUGUGGAUAAAACUCCGUACACAAUCAUGUUCGGACCAGACAAGUGUGGAGAGGAUUACAAACUGCACUUCAUCUUCAGACAUAAAAACCCCAAAACUGGAGAGUUCGAAGAGAAACACGCCAAGAAACCCGACGCCGACCUGAGGACCUACUUCACCGACAAGAAGACACAUCUGUACACACUCGUGGUGAACCCUGAUAACACCUUCGAGGUGCUCGUGGAUCAGACGGUGGUGAACAGCGGCAGCCUGCUGACAGACAUGACCCCCCCUGUGAACCCUCCCUCUGAAAUCGAGGACCCUGACGACCAGAAACCCGAGGACUGGGAUGAGAGACCUAAGAUCCAGGACCCUGCCGCUGCCAAGCCCGAAGACUGGGAUGAGGACGCACCCGCUCAGGUUCCAGAUGAAGACGCAGUGAAACCAGACGGCUGGUUAGAUGACGAGCUGGAGUACACUGGAGACCCCGACGCGGUCAAACCUGAAGACUGGGACGAGGACAUGGACGGAGAGUGGGAGGCUCCUCAGGUCCCUAACCCCGCCUGCGAGACUGCCCCUGGCUGUGGCGCCUGGAAACGACCAAUGAUCGACAACCCUAACUACAAGGGCAAGUGGAAGUCCCCCAUGAUCGAUAACCCCAACUACCAGGGCGUGUGGAAGCCGAGGAAGAUCCCCAACCCGGCGUUCUUCGAGGACCUGCAGCCAUUCAAGAUGACCCCGUUCAGCGCCGUCGGGCUCGAGUUGUGGUCCAUGACCUCCGAAAUCUUCUUCGACAACUUCUUCAUCACCGACGACCGAAACACAGCUGAACGCUGGGCUACAGACGGCUGGGGGUUAAAGAAGGCUGCAGAGGGCGCUGCUGAGCCCGGUCUUGCUACACAGAUGCUGAACGCUGCAGAGGAGCGCCCGUGGCUCUGGGUCGUCUAUGUCCUCACUGUGGCUCUACCGCUUGUCCUCAUCAUUGUUUUCUGCUGCACCGGAAAGAGGUCGUCAGGAUCAGCUCAGGGUCAGUUGAGUCUCACCAGCUUACAGGAAGACUUAAAGGAAGCUGUACAUCCAAACCGCUCCGCGCCCUCAGGCCUGAAAAAGAGCCCAGCGACACCUGCAGCAGAAUACAAGAAGACCGAUGAGGCUCAGCCUGAUGUGAAGGAGGGAGAAGAGGAGGAAGAGGAGGAGGAGGAAGAGAAGGCUGAAGAGGCCAAGAAGAGCAGUACAGCUGCAGAAGAGAAGAGUGACGGAGAGGGAAGUCCUGUAGAGGGAGAGGAGGGAGAGGAGGGAGAGGAGGAAGAGGAGGAAGAAGACGACGACGAAGCAGUGAAGGAGGGUGAGAACGAGGCGACAGCUGACGAUAAGUCGGAGGGCGACCGUCUGCGGAGAUCUCCCAGGAACAGGAAGGUCAGAAGGGACUGAUUUCUCUGACUCCACAGCCCUGAACACCUCCCCCCUCCCCUCCCCUCCUCUAGAUUAUCUCCUUCCUCUCCUCCUCCUCUUCUCCUCUGCUCUGAGGCGAUGCAGCCUGAACGGAUCCUGUUUUGAAGCAGUGAAGCCUGCAGGAAACUAAUCAAGACCUCCAAUAUGGACGGCUGAUGAUGAUGAUGAUUCCAGUACGAACAGGACUGAGUUAGUUUGAUUUAUUAAAAGGAUUUUUGUUUCUGAAAGAAAUUAACUAAAACUUCCUGCAUCAUUCCUGAACAACACCUGAGCAGACUCGAACCCACGGCAUCGUCGACGUGUCCGAUCCCGUCUGGCGCACAGCUUAACGCCCAGCGUCAUCCUGAGCUUACAACGUCCUGCCCAACCAACAGCCUGCUAACCAGUCUUCUGAUACAUGCUAACUAGUCUCCUGAGAGACAUUUAUUUGGUAAACAAAAAAGAAACCCAAUAACACCAUUUCAGUAGCUUAAAAUCUGAGUUAACAUACCGUGAUCCUCUUCCGGCUGAUAAGAGUGCUAGAUAGUUUUAUGACUUAGCCAUGAGCAGAUAGUAGCAUAAACCUACAAUUCUUCAUUUAGCAGACGCUUUGUCCAAAGCAACCUACAUCUGACCUACCAGAAAUCUUAAGCGUUACAUAACCUACCAAUAUGUGGCUGGCUAGACUGACACUCACAGGAUAACCACAUCAAUGUAAAAACUGUAAAUCUUGGUUAUAAGCCUGUUGUAAAACAAUUUGCCAGUCCCCUGCCUUGUAAUUGUAACCAGAUAGGCAAUUUGAGGCUGCCAACUUCCUGGUUUCUGCUGGCAAUGAGGUGUUGAUUAGGCUAUCAGUGGUCGGAAUAGCAAACCACCAACAAAUAUUCCACCAAUUAGCCUUCCAAUAAAGCGUGAAGAAAUUAUGACCAACUAUACAAAAACUAGUUUUUCCAGCCUAGUAACUAGCCUCGAAGCAUUAACUGUAUUAAUAUGGACAUCACAUCCCAGAAUCCUCCUGUUGUAAAAAGUGAAGCCAAAACCUCCCUCUCUUGGCUUUAGUCUCAGGUGACUGUUACUCCCACCAUUUUAAAUAUACAGUCUAUGGUUCUAAACUACAAACACAUUCACCGUCUAAUCUACUUGAUUUAUCAGUGUUUUGGAAGUCUGGAAAUUAUCUACAAGUGGUUAAAAAGUUUUGCCAGUUUCAUAAACCAUUUGCAAAUUUUUGGGCAGGCUGACAAUUUAGCUCGCCAACAAUCUGAGGUAGCUACCUUCACACUUUGGUGAUGGUCCCUUUUUUUUUUAAAUUAGUCGAGCCUUAUUUAGGCUUUAAGAAGUCUGCCAGUUAGCCUACCAACAGGUUGCUAACUAGCCUGCAAACUUGGUGACUCCUUUUCCAACUUAAGCUUUCUGGAAGUAUUGGCAAGCAUUCUUUCAAAGGGCUAAGGAGUUAACCUGCUUAGCCUUCUGACAUGCUAGUUAGCUCAUGAAAACGCUAUCAACCCAUUUGGACUACAAACAGUCUACUAAUUGGCAUAAUUAGCUUCUAACAAGCCCACAAAAAUAAUGACUUACGAACACCUAGCAAAUUAGAGAUUCAAAUUCACAUACUAACAGUUGUUUUUUUAUUCUUUUGAUAUUUUAUAAUUUUGCUAGCUAGUGUCCUUAAAUUUAGAGAUUAGCCACGUGCUAAUGAUUUUAAAGAGCUGAACUGGGAACACUCCAGCUGAUAUGAGUUUUCUUUAUUUCUUUUUUUACGUCUCAUUUUCUGUCAUUGAAGUGUUAAUCGGUUAGCUUCAUGUUGGCCCCACUAGAACGAGUGUUUCUUCUGAUUUUAUGUCCUGAAGUCUUCGAGAAAGGUGAAGACUCUGGGUCAAAGAGAGCGUUGAAGUUAAAGGAGAGUUUUACCUAGGGUGACUAAGGUGGAUGUUGUCAAACUGAUCCUGUCUGUGUAAACUAACCAUUUAUCUUUAAAAACGUAAAUAUGGCGUCAUUAUGAUGAUGGUUGCCUGGCAGCAGCAGCAGAUGAUCUUCCUCAAAUAAAAACAAGAAUAAUAUAUCGGAAACGACUUCUGUGAAAAUACUUUUUUACACUCUGGAGCUACUAGGACUUUACUUUCUUGUGAGUCAAUUUUUGUAGAUCUUGAUUUUUUUUUAACAUCUUCUGCAUUGAUCUACUCCCCUAGGAGUUAGAGAUUACAAUUUUACAGUUUACCUCUUCAUGGUCCAGUUGUUCAAAAGGUUUUUCCCAUUUAAAAUAAAUUAUCCAGAUUUGGUAAUCCACUUUUAUUCUACCAGGGAUCACUUAAUCAAGCUUACUUUUAUCCUGGUUUUUCAUAAGAAAACUGGAUGUAUCACCCUGAUCCAGGUAAAAAAAAAAUUAAGGAUAACCAAAUCCUGUUUAUCAGAGCUUUAAAUGGGACUUCAUACUACAUUCUUUGUCCACAGGGGGCGCCAAAAUCCACCCAAACAGAAAGAUCCUCAUAGCUGCUUUAAAUUAAAUAUCUGUUUGACAUGUAUGCUGUUUGGUUUAAUGCAAACAAAAGUCCUGUAUUGCUUAUAAAACCCUUAUCUAUACCUACUUUUUCACUAAAGCAAACCCGGAUUUUGACUUUUGUUUUUCUGACAUUAUUUCCACUUGAAUCCAGCCCUCUGCUUGGAUCAGAACGAUCCUGAUCUUUUUGAUCACAAUCCUAUUUUAAAGUUCAAAUAACACAAACUAGGUGUUUGAUCAGGACAAUAACCAGGAUUUGAGAGACCCUGAUCUUAUCCGACUAUGUAAUCCUUUUUUUUUGCUUUUGACCAACCUGAUUUGAUUGAAUUCUGUUGGAUUAUUUUUUUAAAAACCACACCCAGGUGAUGAACAUGAAUCUUCCUGGUGUUUCAUGUGCACACCUUAAACUCAUCAACAGCUCUCCUUUUUUAAAUGAGCAGCUGCCGUCUUUAUUUUGACUUAAAUUCAACAUGUGAGCAGGUGGACAGACACCCAGUCCCUCUUUCAUUGACCCCAUAU